AACCUUUUCUCAGAGAUAGUAGGAAGGAGAAGGAGGCUUCAGCGCCACCCACUUCGCUCUCCGGCGACGGCGACCGUCAGGUUUCCGGCGGGGAUCUGAUAUGAUUCUGAAUGGAUGCACCACAACCUUCGGCAGCAUGGCUGCCAAAUCUGGGCCUUGCAAGAGCAGAAACCACUCUGGGCUUAAGUAUUCACCUUUGGCAUCCCGAGAAACUAAUAGCUUCUCUAGAUCAUAUCCUAUCAAUGGAUUAUUUUCCUCAAGAGUAUUUAGCAUGCCCCAUCUCUCAAGCGCAUCUUCGUUCCUGCUGACCGGAGAACAUGGAAGGCUUACAAACACAAUCAACAUGAUGCCGGGUCGCGAAAUUUCUAGCCCUCGAGGCCCCGUGAUCACCAGAGCAUCCAAGGAUGUACCAUACAGCUUCCGCUACCCUCCGAUGACCAAGAAGCCGAGGUGGUGGUGGAGAACCCUCGCUUGCAUUCCAUAUCUUAUGCCACUCCACGAGACUUGGAUGUAUGCCGAAACUGCCUACCACCUCCAUCCCUUCUUGGAAGACUUUGAGUUCUUGACUUACCCGUUCCUUGAGUUUCUCGGUCGGUUACCAAGUUGGUUCUUAAUGGCUUACUUCUUUGUUGCAUACCUUGGGGUUGUGAGAAAGAAGGAAUGGCCUCAUUUCUUUCGGUUUCAUGUUGUUAUGGGAAUGCUACUUGAGAUAGCCUUGCAGGUUAUCGGAACUGUGAGCAGGUGGAUGCCGCUUGCCGUGUACUGGGGCAAGCUUGGGAUGCACUUUUGGACGGCGGUCGCAUUCGCUUACCUCUUUACAGUGCUUGAAUGCAUGCGGUGUGCUCUCGGCGGCAUGUAUGCCGAUAUUCCCUUUGUUUGUGAUGCAGCAUACAUUCAGAUUCCUUAUGAUUAAGGAACAGAGAUUCUAUGUCCAUUUUUGUUGCAACUUUGCCUGUUGUUUCAGAAUUUGGGUAAUGUGGAUUUUCUUUCUUUUUUCUUUUUGGAAUUUCUUGCUCUUAUUGAACAAACCAUCAAGAGAUUAUCACUGUUUUGUUAUCUUAAGAUUUGAUGUUAUUUAUGUUGAGGUUUAAUUGUGCUGUGUUUAUUCUGUA